GAUUGCUUCUAAACGAAAAAGAGGCUUUGUGUCUAGUUUCCAUCGUUUUGUCACAGAGAGAGGGAAAACAGCUGUGAGACGGACGUGAGAACGAAGAUGAUGUCCGGUGGGAGCUACACGAGCAUCGAUCACCAGAAAGUCUCUGGAUCUGUACCUGCCGUUUCAGAUCCUGGCCAUGUCACCGUCAAAUUCGCAGAAUCAAAUCUACAAACGUUUCCUCCAUCUGCAACUCAGGGAAAGAUUUCUGGUGGUACUAAUCCCCCUCGAGAUGCUGACGAUACAUUUUCUAGGCCCGUGAAUGGUACAGAUGAACCUCAGGCUGGUGGUUGGCUCCAUAAGUUCACUGUUGGUGCUUACAAGCCUUACUUUGACGUGGACACUUCAGAUGUCGUAGAGAGACUCAAAGAAUCGCUCUUUCCCUUCAGAGGAACAUUUACAGAAAAGACAGCCAACAAUCCUGAUCUGUAUGGGCCAUUCUGGAUAUGCACAACCUUGAUCUUUGUAGCAGCGUCAAUAGGAACAUUUGUUACAUACAUAGCCCACAAAUGGAAGAGACAAGAAUGGAACUACGACAUUAAUCUGGUGACUUGGUCUGCAGGAGUGUUCUACGGCUAUGUAACCAUUGUCCCUCUCGCACUAUAUGUUGUUCUCAAGUACUUCUCUGCGCCAUCAGGCUUAGUCCAACUCUUCUGUCUCUACGGAUAUUCUCUAUUCAUCUUUAUCCCUGCACUGUGUCUCUCUGUCGUCCCACUAGAGAUCUUCAGAUGGGUGAUUGCGGGUUUAGCUGGAUUCAUGUCUGCUACAUUUGUGGCUUUGAACCUCAAAGCACAUAUUAACUCUGCAGGAGAGAGAUGGUUCUUGAUUGUGGUCAGCAUUUUUCUUCUACAGCUCGCGCUUGCUGUCGUUCUAAAGCUAUAUCUGUUCACUGUCACCGUGUAAAGGAAAUCACUCACUCACUCAGAAGUCUGAAGCUGUGUUUUUUUUAAGUAAAACACAAUUUUAUAUGAAUCCGUUGAUCAUGAAUUUUUUUGUAAAACUAGUAGUCUUGUCAUCAUCAACAUGAAAAUUAUGAAUAUACCUCAAAUCCUUGAUGUUGUACUUGAAGAUUGAUACUCAUUUUUUAUUGAAGUAAAGUUUAACACGAAUGAAUGAAU